AUGAAAGUACUACAAAAGCUCAGCCUUCUCCUGUUCCUGGUCUUCGGCCUUGCAUAUGCACAUGAAAACCCCAAAACAUCAAACGAUAAGAAUGAAGGUGGUAGUGAUGAUGAAAAUAAAGAGGGUAAGGAUGGUAAAAAGGAUAGCUCAGCUCUGGGGCUGUCCACCAGCCUGCUCGGGCUUGGUGCUAUCCUUGCCAUCUGCCUGGCCAAAUAA